GAACACUGCUGGGAGGAGUCCUAUUUCAUCACAACUCUCCCAAGGGAAACAGCAGGAGGUCAGACAUCUAGCAUUGCUCAAAUUAGGAACUCACUUUAACCAGUUUCCUGGUCUUCCUUGUUAUUUUGUAGAUACUACAUUUUCUCAGCAUUUAAUGAGAUUUCAACAUCCUGCUGUGUACUUUUUGAGAGAUUUAUCUUCCUACACAAAAUAGAUAAGCCCUAUUUCCUGCCUUGUUGAGGAUCUACAGUCUGGACAUUACUGAGAAACUUCCGGGAGCCAAACUAGGAUCUGGACACUGCUGAAGAAAUUUCCAAGAAGGCUUCUCCAUCAUUUUAGAGAUAAUGAAUGACUAUAAGAAAAUUGUUCUUCUAAAAGGAUUACAGGGUAUGGAUGAUUACCAUUUUAGGAUAAUUAAGUCCUUACUAAAAAGAGACCUACACCUGUCUGAAAAUAUGCAAAAUGAUUAUGACAGAAUUAAGAUUGCUGACAAGAUGGAAGAGAUAUUCCCAAAAGAUGCUGGACUCAACAAACUGAUAGAAAUUUGUCAAGAAAUUAAAGAUCUUAAAAAUCUUGUUGAAAAUCUUAAAGAAGAGAAGGCAAAAGUAAAAGGAAAAAAACCCAUGGGCAAAAAGAAGCAAAAAGCAGAUUCUGCUGUACCUACAUCGACUACAAGCAACACCUUAGCAUCUGAUGGAGGGGAGACAUCCACAGCUCAGAAAAGAAAAAGUAUGAAUGAAGAGAAGCUUGAAGUGAAAAAGACCAAAAAGUCUAAGGGGCCAGAUUGCCCUGACUCUCCUGGAGAAGCCACAGUCAGAUGCCAGACCCCAGGACCCCAGUUCUCAUCUUCGACUUCAUCAAAUCCUUCUUUGGCUAAGAACCAAAAGACACAGACCCUAAGAAAGAGCGCUACCAAAGGGGCUGUUGGCCAAAAUGAUGCCAUGACCGUGAUGGUGCUCAAUGCAGCGGAGCCAUUUGAAUAUGAGUCAAGAGAACCUGGAAGAAAGAUGAUGUUUCAUGCUACAGUGGCCAGUGUGAAUGAGUAUUUCCAUGUGAAAGUUUUCAACAUCAACCUGAAAGAGAAAUUCACAAAAGGGAAUGUCAUCAUAAUCUCCAAUUAUGUCAAGUUCAGAGGAAUCAUAGAGAUAAAGGCAGACUCCUAUGUGAUUAAAGCUGAACCCAACGAAAAGAUUGAAGUUCCCAAGAAGCUAAUCAGUAAAGCAAAUGAAACUCCCAUGAUUUCUGAUAUUCACAAGAGUGUAGGUGGAGCACUGUUUUAUGGGUUAUUUACAUUACACAAGAAAAAGGUGAACCCAACGAACACAAUCUAUGAAAUAAAGGACGAUACAGGAAGUAUAGAAGUUCUAGGGAAGAAGAAAUGCUACAACAUCAGCUGUGAGGAAGGAGACAAACUGCGACUCUUCUGCUUUCAACUGAAAACAAUUGACAAGCAGCUGAAGCUGGUGUCUGGCGAUCACAGUUUCAUUAAGGUCACCAAGGCUGGAAAAAAGAGAAUAUCUGCUCUCCUUCCUAACCCAAAAGAUGGAGAAGCAAGUGGCUACCCUCAAAAUUAAUUCAGUGCUUUUAACCGUGGAGCUUUUAAAAUAGAGACACCAAGCAACUGGAAAUAAGCAACAGCUUCAGUCGUAUAUCCAAGCAUUUAAACAUUUUGUUACUUGAUUUGUGAUUAUGUAUUUUCAUUUGUAAAACUCCUUGCUCUGUUUUUUUAUGAAAAUAACACUUGAAUUUAAUUUUUCUAGUGUAGAAGUAAUAAAAAUUUCUUUUGAAAAAGAUA